AUGGCCAACAGCAAUACCGCCGUCAAUUGGGCAGUGUCACAAGGUGCAAAUGCUAUUGAAUGUGACAUUCAUUUUGACAACAGUGGAAAGCCCUUUCUUAUUGAACAUGGUCCAGGUUGUGAUUGCCGUUGCGCUACAGGAAAUGAUCACGUUUGCGUUGUUCUUCAAAAUCAAUGUUCAGGUCCCAGUGCUCGGGAGAAUCCUGCGCCUUACAUGCAAAACAUUGCACGCCAGAGUAGUAUUGCGCUCUACUUUGUAGACUCCAAAGUUGAUGCCAGUAUGGGAGAAACUCUGGUUAAAGCAGGAGCAGGUCUCAUUCCCUUCAUGGACGAAAAUCUGUUUGGUUAUGGCUACAAGGGACAGGUUAUUAUCUCAUCAGCAUCAUUUAGUACAUUUGAGUAUGUUGAAGCAGCAGCAAUAGCAGCAAAAGCAUCACGAAACGCGCAGCGUUAUUUCUUCACAACCGAUCAAGAAGAGAAUAACUACGAGGGCGUGAUGAAUAGACUGUACCCAGUUACAAAUAAUAGAGUAUAUGGUACGGGUGCUUCUUCAUGUGGUACAGCGCCGUCUUAUUACGCUGCUAUUACAGCUGCUGUAGCUGGUAAGAAGCAAGGUGAAAAUGAAACACGACAUGAUGUGGUUCAAACGAUUGAGCCAGAAUCAGGUCCUUGGGGUGAAUUUACCUAUAUGGUUUAUUGUGAUGCUGGUACGUGGGCAAUAGGUUUUCGACAACGUGUAGAGCAACCAUGUGGUAAUGAUUGUGAUGAUACUGCCUUGAAUUCAUUGGAAUUAUUGUGUGCAAAGAAAGAUGGAACUUCUGUGAAAUCAAUUACACCACACAAUGGUUUUUGGGGCGAUUGGAGUAAUGUCGUGCGUUGCCCUGAAAACAGUAACUUUUUGAGAGGUGUUUCAUUCAAAAUUGAAUCAUCUCAAGGAUCAGGUGAUGAUACAGCUGCAAAUGAUUCUCAAUUUUCAUGCUCUCAAUCAUCUAACAUUCUCGCACCGAAUGGUGGUCCAUGGGGCGACUGGAAACAGAUGAAAUAUUGUCCUUCAUCAUCAGCUAUCUGUGGUUUUUCACUAAAACUAGAAAAACCGCAAGGCGAGGGAGAUGACACAGCCUUGAAUGGAGCUAAAUUCCAAUGUUGUGCUUUAUAA